UUAGUAUGCUAACAAGCUAAAGCUGGCAGCAUGUCUGUUGACUCUUGUUUUACUGUGAUUGUUGAUAGUCAUGAAUAUUUAAUGAAUAUCAAGAUGUGAAGCAGCUUUAAAGUGAAGUGCACACAUCAGUCACAGUCUCCUGAUCUGAUGCAGCAGCAGACUGAGGUGAACUCGUCACUGAUGUCGUCUCUGGUAGCGCCGCAGGUUUCCUAGUAACCACUACUGACUUGUAACUGGACCUCCAGCAGAGAACCUGCUGUGGGGAUCAGGUUCUGCCCGCCUGUAAACACACACUGUUGGUUGGCAAUGCUUCAUUGUACAAUGUUUAUGUGAAGGUGUAACAUCACUGCCUUGUUUCAUGCAGUCUGUAAUAAUGUUUAAACUCCUGGGUGUAUUCUUUGGUGAGCAGCAGCAGAAAGGACACAGACAUCACCGAUGAAGGAGGAGGAAACACAGUGUGUUGUUCAUAUGACUUUUGUGAUUGGCAGCUGAGUGGGCGAUGGAUGACCUCUCUUAUCCAUUUAACCAGAAAACCCUGGACUUCUACUUCAGGCUGCUGCUGCUGCUGAGGAAUGUGAUGCACAGCCAGAGCUUCAUGCAGCAUUGUCCUGUGAGGACAGCAGGUUCUGGGUUUCCUAACUUCACAUCUGAGGCAGGAUCACCUUUCUCCUUUAAACUCCCGCUUCCUGCAACACUGGGACACACGCAGCACUAUCAGUUAUCCCUGGUUGAUGGAGACGGCACUUUGCCUCACUGGAUGGUGUUUGGGCAACAAAGUCGCUCUCUAUCCGGCCUGGCUCUGACUGAGGAUUGUGGGAUUUACCACCUCACAGUGUCUGUCACUGGAGAGAAGUGUGCUGCCUUCUUUUACCUGAACAUCCUAAACAAAACGCUGACUGACAAGGACCCAGCAAGAGAGUCUUUGUCCUGCUCUGAGGGGGAGAUGACCAUCUGGGCUAACCUUGUCCUUCAGCUGAACCCUGUGACUCUUGACGCCAGCCAGCGUCUCCGUCUGGUCAGCACCAUGGCGGACUACCUCCACCUACCAAUGGGCUCUGUCUGCCUGUUGUCCAGUCAACAACAGAAGCUCAGGGUUUGUAGGCAGGGUGGGCUUUCUGAGAAACCAGACGUUUCAGAUGUUGCUGAGCUUCUGUGGCCUGUUGGCUGUCAAGCAGAGGAACGACAGUCUGAUUUAGCCAGGGUGCUGGAACACAGCGUGAAGGCAGGAGGGUUGGCGAGGCUGCUGGAAGCUCCUGUGUCGGGAUGGAGGAUGCUUUGUGCACCUGGAGGGCUCCGACAGAAAGUUAAGAGAGACUUGCAAAGGCCAAAAUUUGCACCUGCUCCUAAUGUGAAACUUGACCAUUCGCUCGCGUAUUCUCUUCCUUUAAAACUGGAACCAAGUUUGUCAACCAUUUCAUGGCAGAGGAACCUCAAGGACGCGAAACUGGAGCCAGUACAUGCAGAGGAUUCAACAGACCAACAGUCACCCAGGGAGCAUGUUUUUAAGACGCUAACGCAGCGCUCAGACAUAGAUAAAGAAACAAAUCACACACAGGAAGUACACUCAGCCUCAACCUCCCUUCUCUUGUUCGAGCAGACAGGUUUUCACCCGAACAGCGAGGACCAGUCGGUCUGCGUGGACUCCAUCUGCAGUCAUCUAAACUGGUAUUCAUUUUGCAAUUCUCAGGAACUUCUAAAGCAAACUGGGCUUUCUGCCACAAAAAUAAAACCUGUUGUUGAGGGAAACGGCUGCAGGGAGCAGGUAUCACAUGUUUCUGAAGCUUUCUGGACCACAGAAUUAUUUUCUUCUCUGUUCUUGCCUGAACAUGAAUCAACAGUCAGACAUUUUUUGGGGGAACCUUCAGUUUUCCCAACAUUGCUACCAUCGCCCACACCGCACAGUGUUUACCCCUCACAGCCACUGACCCCAGCCUCUUACAGUGUCGCUUCCACGCUGACACAUGAGGCCGGCGACGGGGAAUCGCACGCCACUCGUCUGACCCUCCGACCUCAUCUGAAGGAGACCUCCCUCUGGACUGAGCAUUACAGAGCCAACCACACUGACUCAGAGAGGCAGCCCACAGUGAGCUCACAGGGUCACGUCAUCUUUAGCCAAGAGCCUCCAGAGGAACCAUCUGUUUCUCAUCCACCUCUAACAGAGAAUUAUAAUGACAUCCUGCUACUGAACUCCAGAUUGAAGCCGAUACAGUCACCUCCAUCAUCAAACAGAAUACUGACCACUCAGCUGUUUCCAGAUGUCUCACCAACCUCAUAUUUAACGGCCGAGCAAUUAUCAAUAUCUCCGCAAACUGGGACAAUCCAGCAUCUGUCCCCGGCUCCAUCUGGAGUGAAUCAGGAUGUGAUGUCUCAGCUUAAUGCAACAACUCAGGGCGAGUCAUCGACCGCGCUGACGGGUCAGCUGACGCUGUCUGGACAAACUGAAUUGGAGUCUUCGCUCUCGUCGUUCGUGUUGGAGCCCUCGGUGAUGACGCCAGCCUUACCCUCUGAGUUUGGCCUUUACAGUGGACAGCGUGAGACGCUGAAUAUCACAAAUCCAGAGUUUAGUGACGAGUUCCUGAAAGCAUCAUCGUCUUUCAUCUCACUCUCUUUGCUUCCUGAUAUCUGCGCCUCCUCUUUGCACCAGACUCUUGGAAGCAAAGCAGCGAUGGACUUUUGUUCUGAUCGAAAUGAACAAACACAGACGUUGAUUUCAGGUGUUUCACUGACGUCAGUGUUACCUGUGGAAAUCCCUUCUUCAAUUAAAACUCCCCAAAUCAUUUCAGUUCCAUUAACUAUGUUCAAGGACCAAACAUCUGUCAAAUCAGCUCAUGAGAGUUCACCGUUCAUUCCAUCAGUGCAACAAACCCUCGUCCGUGAAACUGAUAAUUCUUCCUAUUUAUUCUCAGUCCCUGGAAACACAACAGUUAAACUAGGCCAAACUGUGACUUAUCCACUUCUACUUUCAGUAUCUAAGACCACUGAUCCAGUGUCUGACAGCCAUUUUGAUCCAACUGCUCCCUCUACUGCUCAGCAGCCACACACUACAUCUCCUGUUCAUCUGAUUCAGAGUCUGGAGCCUUUGUUCCCACUGUGUGGCCAAUCUAUGGCAAAGGAUCACGUGUUUGUCAGCGGGUGCACCCCACCGAUUAAAAGCACCUACGUCGAGAACACACUGGAGGAUGUUCUCACCUUUCUGACGAGUUACUCAGGUGAUGAGAGGCACUGGACGACCACAUUUACUGUCAUCGCUUUAGCAAAUGACUAA